CUUCUCUCUUCCUUCGUGCGUAGGAAAAAAUGGACGACCAUAAUUUUAGAGCCGCUGUUCGGCAGACGUGGGACUCGAGGCCCGAACUCCGUGGGAAAAAGGCAACUCUCAAAUGGGAUGGCUUGUCGACGAAGCGGGGGAUUCAAGUCUCAAUCCCUUCAAAGCGUGAGAACAUUGGGAAAAUGGCGAACCCUGAUCCGGUUCAUCGGGAACAAAGGAAGCCGACAAAAACCACCGCGGCCGAGGCGGUGAGUCUCUUAAUAAAGAAGUGCCCG